CUCCAGAGGGUUUUGAGUUUGAAACCCCCCUUCAGCGGGGUUUAAAGUUUAAGAUAGCUUUUAGGUUAAAAAGCCCCUCUUCAAUAUUAUUCUAAAACAAACUAGUCUCCUAAUUCCAUUUGUGUAGCCAAGGGGGGGUUUGAGUUUGUUUUAAAAAAAACCUCCAGAGAUUUUUUACUUUAAAUUCCCCUACAGAUGGUUUUGACAAUAAAACUUACCUUUUUGAUAUAUACAAUCUCAAACAAACCUCUCAGUCACCAAAUUCCAUGAGUGUAGCCAAGAGGGGUUACAAAUUUGUACCAGUCGCUAGGCUCCAUGAAUAAAGUGCAGUGAAUAGUGGAUUUGGUUUUUGAACUAAAAUUUUUAAUAGCAGGAUAAUGUACUGUAGAUACCUCAGAAUAUUUAUUUUUUUGUUUUAAAUACUGGAAAAAGUGCUUGGCGGUGGGGUUCUCUCUGGGGAAGCUCACAGCACUCCCCCAGACCUCAUAGCCUCAAGGGGCAGGUUGUCUACAGUCUUUCCAGUAACUCAAGACACAUUCAAACAUGAGUGAUGAUUCUUAUGACUCCGAUUCUGAUGAAGACAAUAAUGUAUUAAGUCCAAAUACUACAAGCGUAAAGGACCAUGAUGAUACCAAAAGCACAGAGAUAAUAUUUCAUCAUGAAAGAGAUGGGACAAACACACCCAAUAUCUCACUAUAUCAAAGGCAGCCUGUCUCUUAUAAAACCUCACCUCAUCAGGCAGGAGGAACAAAGAAACAAGGUGACUUUCAGUCAUCUGAACCUGGAAAUAGAUUAUCUUUCCAAGGAAAGUCAGAAAUGCAUGGACAUAAUUUUUAUUCAUCAGGUAUCAACAAAUCUGGAACAUCCCAAGAUUACCCAGAUAAGGUUCAUUAUGAGAGCCACACAAGAAAUUUAUAUUCAAAGCUUUCCAACUACAAUAGAGCUCAGAAUAAACCUGAGACACAAAACAAGUCACUUCAGUUUGGUUUCCAAACCAGCCCUACCUUUGCUCAAAAUUCAAGAAACAGGUUAGGCAUGAAUGAAAGGAUGCCAAAUAAGAAAACUUUUGUUGGCUACACCAAAUUAUUGGAAUGGUCUAACAAUCAGAACUGUAUACUUCUGCUCUUUCAGAUGAGCAUGGAUGUUGAAGGCCUUGAGAAAAUGCUAAGUAACAAUUCAAUCCAAUUUGAUUGGAUGCAACUUCUUAUAACAGCUUUGAAGAAAGUUUUAGUAGCACAAGCACAGAAAGGAUCUCUGCAUCAUGUGCUCAAAUGUAUCUGUGAUUCUUUAUUUUUUGAUUGGCACUUAGAAUGUUUUCUUAAAGAACUAAGUAAGCGCAAGUGUCAUGAUACUUACAGCAUAAUUGUGAAAUUACUGGACGUAAUUGAGUAUUUAAUAGACAAUAUGAAGAAAUACUUACCCAAGUACAACAGAGCACUAUUUUUAAUUUUAGAAUGUGGGGAGAAACUUAAUGUCAUAGAAAAAACUUCUGAUCUACAUUUAAAAGUGGAAAAGCUAAUAACAUUAUCUAGAACUGAGGAAGCUAGACCUGUGGAGAAUCCCUUACCCUUGUCACAAUCUAGUGUUUCUAGAUUUAAAAGGAAAAAAUUUAUACCUAUGGCUGAUGAUGACACACCACCUGAUGAUUAUAAGACAAUGGAGAUUUUCCCAGAGACAAAAGAGCUCUAUUCUUCAAUAGACCCAUUCUUAAGAGCAAACAAAACAAAAGGUGCUUACAGAGACUUACAACAUUAUCUUGACAUUCAUGCCAGGCUUAUUAAAGAAGACUAUCUAGCGCCAAUCAGAGAUGGAUUGAAAAACUACAUGGAAGCUUUGGCUGCCGGUGUAAAAGCUAAAGAACAUGAUCUUAGAUUUUACUACGAUGUUAAAUUACAGAUGAAACAAGAUGAAGAUCAAGGUAUCACUCACUGGGCAAUUUUUGAUAAGACUGGUCUAGAGAAAGUUGAGUGGGAAUUCUCAAAAAGACUGAUGUUUGGUUCAUUGUUGGUAUUUUCCAAAGACAACUUUGAAACAACUGUAUUUGCUACAGUAGCCAACAGAGAUUCAUCUAGACUAGAAAAAGGUAUCAUUGAAGUUGUAUUUCAAAACAAUCUGGAAGUAGUUUUUACUGCAUCAGAAAAUGACAGAUUUAUUAUGGCAGAAACAACUGCCUACUUUGAGUCACAUCGUCAUGUCCUAGAAGGUCUUCAAGAAAUGAAACAGUUGCCUCUUGACAGAUAUAUUAUAAGCUGUAAGAAAGAAGUUCACCCUCCAAAAUACCUUAAAAACAUAGCUACUUACAAUUUAGCCUGCGUAAUGCAAGAGACAUAUGAUGAUUUUUCAAUUCCAAUUUGGGACGAAUCUAAAUGGCCUGAUGCUUAUGCAACAACUUUAAAUGAUUCACAGUUAGAAGCAUUAAAACUUGCUCUAACUCACGAAAUGGCCAUUAUUCAAGGUCCUCCAGGAACUGGUAAAACUUAUAUUGGUCUAAAAAUCAUGGAAAUAUUGUUAGAAAACAAUGUUACCAAAGAUCCAUCAGAGUCUAGUGGUCCAAUUCUUGUUGUUUGCUACACAAAUCAUGCCCUGGACCAGUUUUUAGAAGGUAUUUUAGAGUUUUGCUCAGAAGGUAUUGUCAGAGUUGGUGGAAGAAGUUCAAGCAAACUUUUAGAAAAUUACAAUCUAAGAGAGUUAAGAAGCAAUCCUUCUUUAGAUCGUAAAAUAGAAACCAAUAUAAAAAUAAACAUCAGAAAUUGUAGAAAAGAAUUAAAGAUGAUAAGUAAGGAGGUACAAAAUCAGUGGCAGCAAUCACUGCACUUGGAAACAACGAUAGUGAAUUUAGAGGAUCUUGAUGAUGAAAUAAGCCAAAAACAUUAUGCCCAAUUAAGUGAUCCUAGUAGAUCAAGAACAUCCCAACCUCCCAUGAGAACAUGGCUAAAAGCAGCAAAUGCAAAUAUGGAGAAUCAUUUGUUCAAAGCAGCCAAAUGUCAUUUGUCUAAAACAAUUGCAAGUGAAAUAAAUAUUGAAGAGAGAUAUGACAUGGUUUUAACCUGUAGGCUUUCAGCCUCUAAACUUCUAUUUAAAGAGCGUGUUAAAAUCUAUCGCUUCUGGUUAAAUAAACACAAAGCAAAAAUAGCAGCAGCAACUGAGGAAAUCAUUGAGUGUGGCGAAAGUAUGGCUCUUGAUCAGCUUUUACACGAUGGUGAAGAAGCCAGUCAUGACAUACUUCCAGAUGAUAUUUUAGUGAAAUAUAUGUCUAGUGAAAAUGUCUACAACGUUAUCAAAGAAUGUGUUCAAAUGGAAAAUAAAACUUGUGAAUGUGAAAAUGAUUUUAUAAAAGCCUGGCUCUUGAACAACUUCACUAAAGCAGACCAACUACUGGAUGCCAUUGAACAGUUAACAGAAAAGAAAAAAGAGCAAGGAACUAAGCAAGGAAUUAAUGUGGACAGUGAGGCAAAGAUUCAUAAUAGUCGAUGGGUGAUUGAUGAGAGUGAUUCCAGCCCAUCUGAACAUGAAACUGAUUUUGAUGACUCUGACAGUGAAAUUGAGACUGGUAUGGAUGAUAUUGAUGAUGUUGGUAUAAGCUUUAAAGAGUUGGCGAGAAAUUUUAAACAGCAAGGAAAUCAAGAAAUUCAAAUGUUACAAAGAGCUGAAAGACUGCGUAUUGAUCUGUCAGAAAAGCCUGAAAAUAACAUUGAAGAUGAAUGGCAGGAAGUCAAUAAUAGUUCCAUGUCAUACAGCAAAGUGUUUUCUCUUUUCCACAAGACUGUGCCCUUUACAGAAGUUGAAGCUUGCAAUGUGGAGGAUGUUUGGAAACUAACAUUGCAUGACAGAUAUAAGCUUUACAAGUUUUGGGUUCAAUCCAAAAAGAAAAAAUUGUCAAAAACUUUGAUUUCCUUGACACAAGAAUUUAAGGACAUUUUGCAACGUAAAAAGGAAGCCAAUAGCCUCAAAGAUAUUGCCAUUUUGCAACGAGCUAGAGUCAUUGGGAUGACUACUACUGGUGCUGCAAAACACAGAAAAGUUCUUCAAAGUGUUGGCUGUAGAAUCAUAGUUGUAGAAGAAGCUGCAGAAGUUUUAGAAGCCCAUAUUGUUACUACCUUAAAUAGUAAUUGUCAACAUCUUAUAUUGAUUGGGGAUCACCAGCAGUUGCGUCCUAGUCCCACAGUUCACAAAUUAGCAGUAGAUUAUAAUUUGGAGAUUUCUUUGUUUGAACGUCUUGUAAACAAUAAUGUGCCUCAUGUAACUCUCAGUGAACAGCACAGAAUGAGGCCAGAAAUUUCUCAGUUUGUGAAACACAUUUAUCCCAGAUUAGAAGAUCAUUAUUCUGUCACUGGCUUUGACGACAUUCGAGGAGUUGCUUCUAAUGUCUUUUUCUUGCAACACUCGUUUGAAGAAAGUGAGGUGGAUGAUAGCGCAAGCAAAUCUAAUUUACAUGAAGCAAAAUUUGUAACUGCACUUUGUAAAUAUUUUUUACAGCAUGGUUAUCUUGGUAAAAAAAUUACAAUUUUAGCAGCAUACAGUGGACAAGUUACUUGUAUACGAAAUGAGAUGGAGCCAGAGAAAGAUGUAUAUGAAGGAGUUCGUGUAACAUCUAUUGAUAAUUAUCAAGGUGAAGAAAAUACAAUUGUUUUGUUAUCUCUUGUUAGAAGCAACACUGAAAAUGAAGUUGGAUUUUUGAAAACAGAUAACAGAGUCUGUGUGGCAUUAUCUCGAGCUAAAAGGGGAAUGUUUGUUAUUGGAAAUCUUCCGUUACUGGCAAAGAAAAGCAAACUCUGGACAAAUAUUUUAUCAAUGGCUCAAGAUGAAAAAAUAACAGGUGUAAAUAUGAGGCUGGUUUGUGUAAACCAUGCUAAUCAUGUGACUUAUGUGUCCAAUAGUGAAGACUUUAAAAAAGAAGUUCCUGAAGGGGGCUGUAAUAGAAAAUGUGAUUAUAAACUUCCUUGUGGUCAUACUUGCAUGAGAAUGUGUCAUGCAUCCGAUAGAUUUCAUGAAGAGACAAAGUGUGAACAGCCUUGUUUAAAAAAAUGCUCAAAAGGACAUCCUUGUCAAAGAAAUUGUUUUGAAGAAUGUGGAGAUUGUGAAGUUAUGGUACAGAAGACUAUGCCUCUUUGUGGUCAUGUAGAUAAUGUGCCAUGUUCUAAAAACCUAGAAGAGUUAGAGUGCUCACAGCCUUGUGGUCAGAUAAUGAUUUGUGGCCAUAUUUGUCAUGGAAAAUGUGGUAAAUGCUUCAAUGAUGCAGAGCAUCAACCAUGUACAGAGAAAGUUCUUAAAACCUGGCAAGCCUGCCAGCAUACAGCUAAUGUUGAAUGUAAGACAGAUGUAGCAGAUGAUCCUUGCCCAGAAAAAUGCUUGCAACGUCUAGAAUGUGGCCAUCUGUGCAAAGGCACUUGUGGUGGAUGUCUUUCUGGUCGUGUCCACAGACCUUGUUCAGAGAAAUGCAAAACUCCUCUUCCCUGUGGUCAUCCUUGUCAUGGUCCUUGUGGUGGUCAGUGUGUCCCCUGUGGAGCUAGAUGUGUUGUAUGUUGUCGACAUGGAAAUUGUGAUAAGGAUAAGUGUGGAGAUCUGUGUGAACCAUGCACAGAAAAUUGUGCAAUGUCCUGUCAGCACAGACAAUGUAACCUGCGCUGCAUGGAUGAGUGCAGAACUCCAGCAUGUGGUAAGCCAUGCGGCAAGAUCACAAAAUGCAAGCACAAAUGCUAUUCUUUGUGUGGGGAACCUUGUGUGUGUUAUCCUUGUGAGAAAGAUAAAUUUAGUCUAAUAGACUCCAGUGGUAAGAAAAAGCCUCAUUAUGCUGUAGCUCAUGACAAGCGUGAAAGGGCAAAGAAAUUUGAAGUUCAGCAUGAUACAGUCUUAAUGAAAAUUCCAAGAUGUGGAGAAAUCUUCACAAUAAAUCAAUUAGACAAGUAUGUUGAAAGUUUUGAACCUCUUGGGACUAGUUUUAUUAAAUGUCCUAAUUGUCCAGUACCAGUUAUGGGAAUUGCAAGGUAUGAAAACAUAAAUAAACUGAGGACUGAAAAAAGAGAAAAUAAAAAGGCAGCUUUGAUUAAGGCAUCAAGUGUAUCAGCUGACACUAUCAACAUUCUAUUAGAUAGCAAAGAAUUAGUCAGUGAUUUCUGUAACAUUGACGAAGGAGAUUUUCUGACAAGAAAGCCUGGGGAGAUUGAUGCUAACCAUGCAAUGGCGUUAUCCUUACAAAUAAGGUUUUCUUUGGUUUUAAAAAAGAUUUAUAAAAUUCAUCAAGAAUUCUCAGAAAACAUCAAAUUUGCAGUGAUUAAAUGGAAGUUGAUUAUAAACACUAUUAACAGAAAUGUUACAGAACAGUUCUUCAGAGAAAUGUCUCUUGAAUUGCACAGACUUCUCCUCCUGGAGCAAUUGCACAUUUUAACACAAUAUUUAGAAGAUAUUGGAAAAUUAUCAGAUGAAUUGAAAACAACAAGCAGGUCUAUUUUAAAGGGUGGCAGAUCUAGACUAAAAUUAACAAUGGAGGACAAGUUAGCCUAUCAAAGCACUAUAGAAGAGCUUUAUAGUUGUUUUGAAGACCUUGAAGCUGAUAAUCAUUGGCAUGUCCAAUCUAAUCAUCUCAGGGAGCAGUGUAAAUUUGUGACCAGAUUUCUUGACCAACCAAUGGAGAAGGAUUUGAAGUCAAUUUUGCGUGAGAUUAAAAAAUAAACUUUUGAUGAAUGGCUUAGAUAUAUCUUCUUGCAGUAAGAUCUUUUCAAAGUUAAUGUGCAACAUAUACCAUAAUAUUUUGUUACUAAUAUUAUCAUUUUUGUCUUAAAAGUUUUAUUUUAUUGCUUCAAUGAUUUAUUUCAAUCUUUCUUUGUUGGUUGUAAUAUUAAAUUUAACAUAGCAUAAGGUGAUAAACUGAUAUUUUGCAAAGUUUGAUUUCUGUAUUUUUAAUUAUAAUAACCCUUUUAUAAAAUAAUCCAGCAAAUUUUGGUGACAAGUAAAUUAACUUUUUUUAUGCUGGUUUAUUUAUAAACACUGCUAUGUUUAAGUAGGAAAAAAACAAACAUUUACUCAGUUUUCAUACCAUAAUUAUAAAUAUUUUUUUUCUUCAAUAUCAGUACAUGUUGUUGUCAUGGAUAUGGUGUGAUAUAUUACUCUGGUUUGGGUUAAAUAUAGGUCUAGGCUCAGUUGCUUUUUUAUACUGAAGUAAGGUAAAUAUGCUUGUAGCAACUGUGUUAGCUUAGUCAUAUGAAACACUGCACUCAUCCAUCUUUAGAAUUGAUGACAUUGCCAUUAUAAUCAGGGUAAGUUUUACAAAUUAAGUUUAAUACUUAAGUUAUGUAAGGGUUAGAUUUUAAGUUCAGUUUAGGCUCAGGUUCAGCAUUAUAAUAAGAUUACUAUAAUUUUACUAAAUAAAAUUUCAUGUUCUUAAGAUAUACAGUUGUUUUUUAUUAAGAUAACUUUGAUUUAAACCAAUCUAUUUGGCCUUUUUUUUUUUAAUGGAUACUAUCAGGAAUGCUUCUAAUCCUUGACUAAUUAUAUGAUAUUAAGUAACUUUAUAUGUAAGAAUUCUAAUAUGAGUGAAGUCAUAUAUAUUAGUCUAUUGGUGAUCAGAUUUCAUGUGCAAUAAAGGACAUAGUUCCUAAAGAGUUUAGCAUUAGGCUGCAAAACCUAGGGUCUUUUUAGAGGCUGAGAACUUCAGAUGCACCUCAUUUAUCUUUUUUUUUUUUUUUUUUUUAUAAUUUCAUGACAUCAUAAAAGAACACCUGUUAGCUAUUAACACUCAUUCAGCAGAACUUUUGCUGCAGUUGUCGCAUGAACCUUUAGGUUUUGAAGUCAACUUUACAAACUGUUUUUAAGCAGUUAGUAACUAAAACUGUGAUAACAUUUUAAUGACUUGUUCAAUAUAACCUGCAUACUUUCAUGGCUUUUACUACUUUGUUCUUAGUCAAUGACAAAUAAUGUAUUGGUAGUGUCAACAAGCUUCAAAUGGCUUAGAUUUAUUGCUUUUUUUUUUUAGUUUGUCUUUUUGUUCAUAAGUAUUGUCAUUCCUUAUGAAUGUAUAUUUGUAUAUCAUUUAACUUUUUUUAAAUUAAUUAAUUUCAUUUGGCAUAGUAAUUAUUUAAUUGGAUAGCUGAAUUUUUGUUUGAAAAGCAUAUAAUUCAUAAGCUUAUUUUUUUUUUUUAAUAAAAUAUUGAUUUUGCAUCAGCUUUAUUAGUUUAAUAAUUAUAAUUUUAAUACUAGCAAUAUUUCAAUAUUUUUUGGUUUGCACCGUCAACCUUUAAUUUUACUUUUUAUUUGAAGUAUAAAUCACAUUGGUAUUGUAGAUUUUUUAUUUCAUAUUGUUUAUGUUUGACUAGAAAACAAAAUGUAUUUUAUGUACAUAAUUUCUUUAGAGACUGGACCAUAUACUGGUAUUCUUUUGUAUGCAUACUUAAGACAUUGACUGACAAAAUGACCCAAUAUAAUCUUGCCUGUGCUCAUUUAUUAAUUUAAUGAUGCUGGAUCAAGAUAGACCUUUUUUUAAAAUUGCUUUUGCUUGUAUUAUUAUAAUAAACUAGUUGUAAAACUGAUCAAAAUUAUGAGAAAGCAUUUAGAGAUCAUAAAAUGUUUUAAAUUUUGAGGGCAGUAACUUUUUUUUAAAUGCCACAAUAAAUUUUUUUUUAAAAUCGUGCAUUGCAUGUCUUUUUUGCUAAAUAAUUUUUUUUAUUUUAAAUGUAGAUGUUUUUAAAUAAAAAUCCAGGUAUAUAACAACAAAGGCAUGAAUGUAAUUUUUUUAAAGUAAUAUUACUGUUUAUUUUGAUUGGUCAUAAUGUUCUAUGAAUCUUAAAUUUAUCAUUGCCUCAUAUUGACCUUGUGCAGCUGGUGAAUUUUUAUUUUUUUUGACACUGUUGUUGUAAAGAAGCUAAUGCUUUUAUUAAUAGAUGCUUUUAUCUCUUUUAAGUGUUUGUAUGUCAUUUGGAAAUUAUACUUAUAAGUGAACACUGUUUAUUACAGUUCGAUCACUAAUAAUUGAUUUUUCUUUUUAAUUAGAUUAACAUUGCAACAAAAAUGUGUAUAAUAAUAAUAAUAAUAAUCUUUAUUAUAAUGUAUAAUGAUUUGUUUUAUGGACUUUUUUUUUUUUAGAAAGAUUCCAUUCAAUCUACUAGUAAACGUUUUUAAGAAGCCUGUUCAUUUCUCUUUGUUGUAUCUUUUUAUCAUUUUUUAUUUUAGUUUGAAUUUAAAACUUAAUUCCACUCAACUCCCCCUUUGCAGACACUGUGCCCACCCUUAUGAAACCAUAAACCAUAUCCUCUUUGAAUGCCCCUUCCUAAUCAACCUUAGGCAGACCCUACGUCCACUACAGCCCAACAUAACCAAGACCCUGUAUGGCAGUGCUGAACAACUGAAGAAAACAGCACACUAUUUUUCCUUGGCACAGUCUGCAAAAGAGCUCACAGCUCAGCAGCAAUAAAGCUGGCUGGAAUAAGAAUUUAAAAAAUUACGUUUACAGUGUUUUAUGGUGUCUCUAAUACAAUGAAAGAAAUAUGUUGGAAUAUUGUUUUAUUAACAGUACUUUUAGAAACUUUAUGUAGUUAAAUAUAUUUAUAGAUCAUGUUGUAUAUGUUGCGAAUCAUUAUAUAGCUUCCAGAUAAUUGAUAAUUUGCUAAUUGAUGAUGAUGCAGUAAAUGCAACCCAAAUAAUUGAUAGAAAUAAAUCUUUAACAAAGGCCUAAGGGAAUUCAAUCAUGCAUGAUAAUAAUUGUGAUCCUCUUUUCAGAAAUCUUGGUAUUGAGGAAACCUCAAUUGUUUAAAAAUAAAAAUUUGAAAUGCUAGAAUUCAUUGAAAUAAAACGAAUACAAUUGCA